UUCUUAACUGAGCCUCUCUUUUUCUUUUGCUCUGGCUCUGGCUCUUUCUUUCUCUCUUCUCACUUCUAAACCAAAUAGAAGGAUAGUUGCCUUUUUCUGAGUGACUUAAAAUGAUGCUUUUGAAAAAGAAGAUGCUGGGUUCUUUUGGUGACUAACACCAUUCCCACUUUUUUCUUUUAAAUUCCUGAGCUAUUGUUUACUAGCCCAUUCUUUUAUUUCUAUUUCUACUAAAGCUGGACGUUACUUGGGUGGAAAGCGUGAUUGCUUUCUUUUCGAGGUCCUUAAGCCCUUUGCUGAUGUUACUGUCUGAGAACCCCCAAAGCCAGGCUUCAGGGAGAGAUUGGCAUGUCUGAACAGCUGAACCACGAAAUAAUGGAGUAGGUCUGGCGGGUGUGGGGCAGGGCACUCUGUCAAUGAAAGAGCUCCCCUCUCUGCACACACAGCUAGCUAAUUGGCCAUUCUGGGAAAGUAUGGACGGGGAGGGGGGCUGCUGAGAAUCGCCGGUGACAGUUAAGUGGCCUUUUGUGGACGUCCUCUGCUGAACAACUUUGUUGGAUUUUCUGUUAGAUUCAUCACUUUUCAUUCAGGCAUCAUCUUUUGCUUUCUCCUUGCAAUAUGACUGCUUUGUGUGCUGGCCUCUGCUUUAUUCCCACUCUUCCCAGACCGUAAAGGGGGCUGUGCAGGGCUUCCAGGCUGGAGAAAUUGACUCUGCUGUCUGUGGAGAACAAUCAUAAUGACCGAAGUGACCUUCACGUCUAGCAGGAAAGCACCACCUACGCCAGCAUUAUGGUGACCACCUGAAGACAGACAAAAGGGAAUCUUCACUGAAUUCCUUCUCAGACAGCUUUGCCAAGUCAAUUCACCCAAGCUGUCUCAUCUAAUAGCCCCCCAAAACCCUGUGAGGUGCUGUGCUGUCCUGAGGUCUGGGCCAUGGCUGUGUGCCAGGAAAGCCCCUGAAGCUCGCCUGGAGGAAGAAGCAUGCAGAGCACCCCUGGACGAGGCCUGGGGCCUGGCCUGGCCCCUGUGAGCAGGCAGAUGCUCCUGGUCUGCAGCUUUCUCCUGGCAGCCGCUUGGGGCCAGAUGAAUUUCACAGGAGACCAGGUUCUUCGAGUCCUGGCUAAAAAUGAGAAGCAGCUUUCUCUUCUCAGGGAUCUGGAGGGCCUAAAGCCCCAGAAGGUGGACUUCUGGCGUGGCCCAGCCAGGCCCAGCCUCCCUGUGGAUAUGAGAGUAUCUUUCUCGGAACUCAAAGAUGUCAAAGAUUAUCUGGAUUCUCACGGCCUUGCUUACAGCAUCAUGAUAAAGGACAUCCAGGUGCUGCUGGAUCAGGAGAGGGAAGCCAUGGCCAGGUCCCGCCGGCUGGAACGCAGCGCCAGCAGCUUCAGUUACUCCUCUUACCAUACCCUGGAAGAGAUAUAUAGCUGGAUCGACAACUUUGUAACUGAGCAUUCAGAUAUUGUCUCAAAAAUUCGAAUUGGCCACAGUUUUGAAAACCGGUCCAUUCUUGUCCUGAAGUUCAGCACGGGAGGUGUUCUGCGCCCAGCCGUCUGGAUCGACACUGGAAUUCACUCCCGGGAGUGGAUCACCCAUGCCACUGGCAUCUGGACGGCCAAGAAGAUUGUCAGUGAAUACGGCAAAGACCGCUUGCUGACAAAGAUACUGAAUUCCAUGGACAUCUUCAUGGAGAUCGUAACCAACCCUGAUGGGUUUGCUUUUACCCACAGCAUGAACCGCUUGUGGCGAAAGAACAAGUCCAACAGAUCAGGGAUCUUCUGCAUUGGUGUGGAUCUUAACAGGAACUGGAAGUCGGGCUUUGGAGGAAAUGGCUCUAAUAACAACCCCUGCUCAGAAACUUACCACGGCCCCGCCCCCGAGUCGGAGCCAGAGGUGGCCGCCAUGGUGAAGUUCAUCACGACCCACGGGAACAUCAAGGCUCUGCUCUCCAUCCACAGCUACUCCCAGAUGCUCAUGUACCCUUACGGCCACUCACUGGAGCCUGUUUCUGACCAGGAGGAGUUGUUCAAUCUUGCCAAGAACGCAGCACAGGCGCUGCAUGAGGUCCACGGAAUCGAGUACGUUUAUGGCAGCAUCAGCACCACCCUCUAUGUGGCCAGCGGGAUCACUGUGGACUGGGCCUACGACCAUGGGAUCAAGUACUCCUUCAGCUUUGAGCUCCGGGACACCGGGCAAUACGGCUUCCUGCUGCCCGCCUCCCAGAUCGUCCCCACCGCCCAGGAGACGUGGCUGGCGCUUCUGACCAUCAUGGAGUACACCCUGAAACACCCCUACUAGCCGCACUACUGAGGGAGGAGCAAGAGGGUUUGUCCUCUCCCAAGGCCUGGGGCUCCUCCUGAGCCUCAUUUAGGCAGCCCUACCCCAGACCCCAGCCCUGAUCCCUUAAAUAAAAGAAUCUUUGA